AUGGCCAACCGCACCACUGCCGGAGGAAUCGGAUUCGCUGUCCGCCAAAAGCAAGACUCCAAGUUUGUCAAGGAAGAGGCUACUCUUCUUCUCGAAUGGAUCAAGAAGUGCUCCGGAGAGAACAUCUCCACUUCCGGAGAACGUGACAACUUCCACAACCUUCUCAAGGAUGGAACCCUACUUUGCAAGGUUGCCAACGGGAUCGAGGCUGGAUCAGUGAAGAAAAUUCAGAAGCCAAUCUCUACAUUCGCUUGCAUGGAGAACAUUAACGCCUUCGUGGAAUUCGCCAAGAAGCAAGGAGUUCCAAAUGAGGAGACAUUCCAAUCUGUCGAACUUGUCGAAGGACGCGAUCUUUUCUCCGUCUGUGUCACCCUUCUUUCUCUUGGCAGAGUUCUCCAAAAGGCCGGAAAGACCAACCCAUUCGCCUAA